CUAUUCUGUAUUCCGACGGAUUUCUAUUUCGUUCGAAAGUGAUAUUUCUAUCGUUUUCGAAUUUACCAUUCCCUAUUCCAAUCGUUUUGCUCGUUUCGAACGAAAGUGUUAGAAAAUUUCGAAUAUGCAUCGAUCUGUCAAAAACCGAUAAACAAAAAGAAACACCGUAUUAAAUAGCGGCGAGUGCGAGUUGAAUUUCAGUUAAUUUUUGAUCCUAAGAGAAAUUUGUGAGAAAAUUUUCUCGUUCAAUGGAUUCCGUUUUGUUACCGAUUUUGGCGGAGCAAGAAGAAAUUGGAAUGCCUUGCUACCAUCGGCGAAACCACCGAAAAUCAACCGACUUCAUGAAACUUUCUGAUGAAGCAUUCAUCAAAAGUUUUCGUCUAAGUAAGGAAGCUUUUCGGUACGUUUUAGAGGAAAUUGAGAACUGCCUUACCACAAGGAAAGGUGGUCUAUCCACGGAGGUGAAACUCGCAGCAUGUUUGCGAUUCUUUGCUGAAGGAAAUUAUCAACAUGGAGCAGGGCAAGAUUAUCACAUUGCCAUAGCACAGCCCACAUUUUCCAAGGUGCUGACUGAAAUGCUUAACAUUCUGGAGCGGACACUGUGUAAGAAAUGGAUUUCCCUAAAUAUGACGGAAGACGAACAGCGGCGUGCUAAACUACACUUCUAUCAGAAAACAUCAAUUCCGGGUGUUAUUAUGUGUUUGGAUGGAACCCACGUAAAAAUUAUUCCACCUAAGCUGAAUCGAAAUUUGUUUUUUAAUCGGAAGGGAUUUUAUAGUCUCAACGUUCUGAUUGUUUGUGACGAUCAGCAAAGGAUUCGUUUCGUUGAUCCUACCUUCCAGGGAUCUAAUCAUGACUCUCAUAUAUGGCGUGUAAGCCCUGCAAGAACUCACUUUGAGCAGCUUCACCAAAAUGGUGAAGUUAAUACUAAGAUUCUAGGUGAUGCUGGUUAUCCAUCGGAACCUUGGUUAGUAACGCCAUUCAGAGCAGCGGAGGAAGGGAGUUUGGAGAGCGAUUUUAAUCGCAGGCAUGCCUUGGGUCGUGCUAUCGUCGAGCGGACAAUUGGUUUACUAAAAAAUCGGUUUAGAUGCAUCCUUGGCGCGAGACAACUUCACUACAAUCCUACUAAAUGCGCUCAAAUUAUAAAUGUAUGCUGUGCACUUCACAAUAUAUGCUUAGAAUUUGGUCGUUCUCAGUAGUUAUAAUAUGUUAUGCAGCUGUUUACAUAAUAAACUUUUGUUUAAAUUAAUAUUUAUGACUGUUAAAUUUCAUCUAACUUGUUUGCAAAUGCUCAAAUAAAUAACAACCACCGGAAAAGGAAGUGUCUUCCUUACUUAACUAUGGUUUCGGCAGAAUUAUUUACUCUUAUUCCUGCCAACACUUUGAGAACAUGUCAUUAUCGAUUUCUCGUAAGCAGGCCAAGUAUUCAAAUAACCAUUAUUAAUACUUUUUGCGUUGUUUUAACCCCUUGCUGUACGAUUUAAUUUCCAACAGCACGGCCCAAAACGAGCACUUCGAGUCGUUCCGCUACUCUGCUGAGUGUGGGUAUCUAACAUGGGUGCCCUAUGAUGAGCAAAUACAUGUUGUGUUUAAAAUAAAAACGAAGGAGUUAUUACUACCUACUAACUCGUUCGUUUUUAUUUUAAUUAUAAUAUUCAAAUUAUAUUUUAUAUUUUUAGCUCAUUCAAUUUUUUUUUUAAAUAACGGAAAUUUGAUAAUCUUCAGUUGUCGGUAUCCUCAUCAUAUGCCUGAAGCUAUGUAAUUAUUUCACAUCGAGAAACAACGAGUGAAGUUCAAUGUUGUACGUGAAGGGGUUAAGGAAGUUCCAUAAACUAUAGGCGAAAUUCGUGAAUUUAAAAAAAGUUUAUAUAAUUUUGAUGCUAUUCCAAACAAACUUCAAAGAAAAAAUUAAGUAAGAUUUUUCUUCCAUGGAAAGAUAUAAAAAUACGAUUAGAACUUUUUUCAUUUUUUUAUACUUGAGUUACAAUAUAAAGAUAAAAAAUCAGAUCACUGAUAUUUUGAAACAUUAUUCUAAUGUUCUGAAAUAUACGCAAUCUGCGUUUCAAGGAUUUGUCGCUUGACUAUUGAUUUCUCCAGCGCGAUCUUCUCCAUCUCGUGGUUAUGUCGUUUUUGUUCACUCAGAUGUUCUUUGAGUGUGGCAUCCACGGAAAGAAUCGCUCGAGCUGAUUGGCGCUGAUAAUGA